AUGGCGUUUACUAAUCUAAAAGAUGAGCUGACUUGCUCCAUCUGCACGGACAUCUACACAGAUCCUAUAACCUUGAUAUGUGGACAUAGCUUCUGCAAGAGCUGCAUCAUCCAAACAUGGAACAACCAGGAGGAGAGAGAAUAUUCCUGCCCUGAAUGCAGAGAAAGGUUUAGGUUAAAACCUGAGCUUAAAAUUAACUGCAGACUGCAUAACAUAUCUGUGAGUUUCAAACCUACUUGUACAGAGCAGAAGAAAAUUAGGGUAAAAUGUACUUAUUGCAUUAACAAUCCUGUACCUGCAACUAAAACAUGUAAGCUGUGCGAAGCUUCUCUUUGUGAAAACCAUUUAAAGAAACACAGCAAGUCAGCAGCACACACUUUGAUUGAACCUACCACCUGCUGGUGGACGAAAAAAUGUGCAAUCCAUCACAAGAUCCUGGAGUUUUACUGUUCUAAAGACGCUACAUGUAUCUGUUUGUUUUGCAUCGAAGCUGGAGAACACCUGGAACAUCAAGUGGAGACUCUGGAUGAGGCCUUGGAGAGGAAGAAGAAAAUUUUAAUACAAAUCCUGGAAAAACUAACCUCAGAGAGAGAGGAGGUUGACAAAAGAAUCCAGAAUCUGAAUGAUCACCGGAGAGAAGUUCAAGAAAAAGCUGCUGGUGUAACAGAGAGACUCAUUGCCCUGAUUGGGGACAUAAAGGAACAACUGGAAGUCCUAGAGAAGAAUGUUCUGGAGGAGGUCUCCAGACAGGAAGAACAGAUCACCCUCAGAAUCUCAGAACUAAUCCAGCAGCUGGAAAUAAAGAAAGAGAAGAUGUCCACCAAAAUAUGUCGCUUUACGGAGUUGUGUAGUAUGACUAACCCAUUCAUGGUGUUACAGGAAGAGGAAUUGAAUAACACGGACCUUCCGGAUUCUGAGGAAAGAGACAUUAAGGGCAAACGGGAAAAUGGUACAUAUUUUAACUCUUUAGGGGAUCUGGAUAUGCGUCUCAUCUCCGCAAACUUACACCCUGGCUUAACUGAUAUUGUGAGUCAACUAAUGAGACAGCUCAGUGUUCCAAUGGAAAUGUUACUGAAUGCAAACAUGGCUUCGGAUAUAUUACUGGAUGUAAACACAGCUGGUAAUUUUUUAACUAUAUCAGGUGACUUGAAAACGGUGUCCAAGUCAGGCAUUUCCCAGAUACACGAACAAACACAGCAGAGAUUUCAGUGUCAUCAGGUUUUAAGUACCAGAAAUUUCUCCUCAGGUAGACAUUACUGGGAAGUGAAGUGCAGUAAAGCAGGGGAUUGGAGAAUAGGCAUGGCAUAUCCAAGUAUAGAAAGGAAGGGAGAUCAGUCAUUCCUUGGAUACAAUACUAAGUCAUGGGCUUUGGAAAAGUGGCAACAUUCUAAACAUUAUUCAGCAAUACAUGACAGCAAAGAAAUCAAGUUAUCUCUCCAACCUUCUUCUCAGAGAAUAAGGGUAUACGUGGACUAUGAGGCUGGAUCACUGUCCUUUUAUGAGGCUGGUGGCUCUAUAAGACACCUACAUACCUUUACUGCCACCUUCACUGAGCCUCUUCAUGCUGGGCUAGGGUUAUGGAAUGAUGUAGUCCUGUCAGUUUAAGAGCUCUAUCCAUUUUAAAAUCCCUUCGAAAGAAUAAAGAGCUAGUAAUACAAGCCAGAUUGUAGAUGAGACGUUUUAGAUGAUCAUCCCACACACUCUGUGUUACAAUGUAAGCUGGGGUCUUGCUAGACAGGAAGGGGGUUGACAAGGACUGGAGCUCCAUGUAAGGUCCUGAAAAGCCCCAGUUCUAAUUUGGGAUCCAUUUCAUUGUUAGCCUUUACAUACGUUUCCA